CUGUGCUGCCCCACACAUCGGAAAGCAUCGGCCGGCUGCGAGGAUGUUUUCAUAAUGCGCAUCACACGUGGUUCAUAACCGCAAUAUCUAAAGCUGAGGGCAAUGAAAAACUCGCCCAAGGAGGAACGAGAAAGAAUCCGUAAACCUUCAGUAGGUGGGACGCGCGCGAGGGUUUUAAUGCAGAGCACGAGACGAUUUCAAAUUGAAUCUCGAGCGCAUUGCCUCAGAUAGAAACGUAGAGACGUUGUUCAGCAAUUAUCGUACUCGGAAACGUCCCCCUGGUGUGUCUUCAACAGAGGAGAGGGGAUUGCCGAGCAACAUAUAUGUCUCAACAUGCAAAUAACCCUCUACUGUGAAAGUUUGUCGUCUUCUACGAGGGGAGAUAAGGAGCUCGAGUCCACACACGGCAGACACGCGUCUAUCUAGCGCUGGAUUGUGUCUCAUUCGCGUCUUCAAAAUGAAGAGAAGACAAAAACGCGUUCUGCAGAUGGCAUUUCUAUUCAUGGUGGCUUUAAUUUUUCUGCCAAACGUCGGCCUUUGGUCAAUGUACAGAGAGAAGAGCCUUAUGAAGUCACAUGAGCCAGGAGAGCAGGGCUUCCCAUUGGGCUUAAAUAAUGGACAAAUUUAUACCUGGACAGACGGUUCGAGAAGAAGAGACUGGCAUGACAACGAGAGCAUCAGGAAAGACAGCCAGCGUGUUGGAAAAGGGGAGCAUGGGAAACCGUACCCGCUUGCAGAGGAUGAGUGUGAUGACUCUGUAUACAAAGAGAAUGGCUUCAACAUCUACGUCAGCAACAAUAUCGCUCUGGACCGCUCCCUUCCUGACAUCAGACAUCCAAACUGUAAGCAGAAGCUGUAUCUUGAAAACCUCCCAAACACCAGUAUUAUCAUCCCGUUCCAUAACGAAGGUUGGUCCUCUCUGCUUAGAACCAUCCACAGCAUCACCAACCGCACACCCGACCACCUGAUCGCAGAGAUCGUACUGGUAGAUGACUACAGUGACAGAGAUCACCUGAAGGCACAUCUGGAGGAGUAUAUGUCCAGAUUUCCUAAGGUCCGUAUUGUGCGUACCAAAAGGCGAGAGGGUCUGAUCCGCACACGGCUGCUGGGAGCAUCGGUGGCUAGAGGAGAAGUCCUUACUUUCCUGGAUUCUCACUGCGAAGCCAACAUCAACUGGCUACCACCCCUGCUUGACCAGAUCGCCCAGAAUCCGAAAACCAUUGUGUCUCCCAUGAUAGAUGUGAUUGACCAUAACCACUUUGGGUACGAGGCACAGGCAGGGGAUGCCAUGAGGGGAGCCUUUGACUGGGAGAUGUACUAUAAACGUAUUCCCAUCCCACCUGAGCUACAAGGACCAGACCCCAGUGACCCAUAUGAGUCUCCCGUUAUGGCCGGAGGCUUGUUUGCUGUAAACCGACAGUGGUUCUGGGAGCUGGGAGGAUACGACACAGGCCUUGAGAUCUGGGGCGGUGAGCAAUUUGAAAUAUCUUUCAAGGUGUGGAUGUGCGGAGGCAGCAUGUAUGAUGUACCCUGUUCGAGGGUUGGCCAUAUCUACAGGAAAUACGUCCCCUACAAGGUGCCUUCAGGGACCAGCCUGGCAAGAAACCUGAAGCGAGUGGCAGAGACGUGGAUGGAUGAGUACACCGAAUAUAUCUAUCAGCGCCGGCCUGAGUACCGCCACCUCUCCACUGGCGACCUGACCGCUCAGAAAGAGCUCCGCAAACACCUCAAAUGUAAAGACUUCAAAUGGUACAUGAACACCGUGGCCUGGGACCUGCCCAAAUAUUACCCACCUGUGGAGCCACAGCCAGCUGCCUGGGGAGAGAUCCGUAAUGCAGCAUCUGGUUUGUGCAUUGACUCUAAACAUGGCUCUACGGGCACAGAGCUGCGUCUGGACACUUGUCUGAAAGAGGGUGCGGAGCGGACAUGGGCACACGAGCAGAUUUUCACGUUUGGCUGGAGAGAGGACAUCAGGCCUGGGGACCCCCUGCACACCAGAAAAUUCUGCUUCGAUGCUAUUAGUCAGAAUAGCCCCAUCACCCUGUAUGACUGUCAUGGUAUGAAAGGCAACCAGCACUGGAGCUACAGGAAGGAUAAGUCUUUGUACCACCUGGUGAGCAACGGUUGCAUGGACUGUAGCCCAGGCGAUAAGCGGAUUUUCAUGAACAAGUGCGACCCCGAGUCUGAAACACAACAGUGGAUCUUCCAGAAAGUCAACACCACCGUUCUGGACAAAUUCAACAGCGGCGCCAGCUCAUAGGACCUGGGGUUGUGGUCAAGCCGAUCAUCUGGCUUCCACAUAUACACACACCUCCCACAAUCCUAAAUGUGGGCCUGGAUGUUCUUAAUGUCUGGCUCUGGGUUCCUCUCAAGGUUCUGCAGCAGACUGAGAAAGUGCAGGCUCUUGAAAGAGGGGCCAAGAAACACAGAGUGACACGAAGGCUGGUGGAAACACAUCCACAAUUGAGCACCUUGCUGGUCGAGGAGAAUACAAACAGCCUGGACUCUCUAGCAGGGGUCUAACUUGGGCCCCAAGUUGCUCCCUAUACAUUAAAAAACAGUGCAGCUUUAGGACUUUGGAAGUGAAAGAGUCCAGUGAAAGAAUGUUCUGUAUCGGUCCUUGAAGAUUGCAUGGGGGAUUUGUAUUAUUCCUUUUUUAUUUAUUUAUUUUUGUAACACUAUUUAUUUUUCUCUGGGAUCGUUUUGACUGUAUAUUUAUUUGAAUUUAUUUGGUGCCUUCUCCAGAUUUAAGUUAUGUAUAUUGAGCUCUUGUACCUGUUAGAGUAUCACUUGGGUCGAGGCAUUGGGUUGACCUAAUUAAAUGAAAUCUUUGACUUUUUCAAUGGAAUCUAUCUUGUUACAGAGUUUCUCGUCUAUAAAUAAAGCAGAAAAUGAGUGGA